UCUAAUCAGUAAAUAACUACUUUUAUAUUUCUGUAUUUCAUCUCGUAUAACAGAUCAUUUGUAGACCUACUCAGGCAGUGUCUACUUUGUCUUAAUCUACAGUAUGUGAUACUAAUUUGCAUAUGGGGAAAUGUAUAUUAUACAUGCAUGGUAGAACACAAAUGUUUUAGAUUUUCUAUUUUAAAAUGACGAUUAGUUCAAAUUUAGGUUUUAAAUUGGGUGAUAUUUGACAGUAUAAAUUUAAAACUAUGUUAGAACAUGUUCUUCAAUUUCUUGUCCCGGCACGUGCAAAUGAAGGGGUGCCAAAUAAGUUCUCCCCGCGGGGUGUGGCACAUUGGGUGGGGACAGCUCCGAGUACAAAAAAGCGUGUUCUGCCCUGAUCGAGAGCUCUCUGCACACACCUGGAUUCACAAUCAACUACGUAUUUGAUUUCAACAGGUAACAAGUUCCACAGAUUGUCUCUUUUCCAAGUCAAUAUGACAUCAACGUCGAUGAGCUCUCGCCUGAACAAGGCUGUCCGUGAGCAUUACAUGAGGCUUCCACAAGGAGACAAAUGUCAGGUGACUUACAUCUGGAUUGAUGGAACUGGAGAGCGGCUAUGCAACAAAACGCGGACCCUGGAUGCUGAACCCAAAAGUAUACAAGAUAUUCCUGAAUGGAGCUUUGACGUACCAACCAUAUAUCAGUACGAAGGUUCCUGCAUAGACAUGCACCUCAUCCCAGUGUGCAUGUUCAGAGAUCCAUUCACGCUUGACCCCAACAAAUUGGUCCUCUGCGAAGUUUAUAAGUACAACGGCCUUCCUGCAGAAACAAACCAUCGAGUAAGCUGCAAGAAAGUCAUGGACCAGAUUAAAGAGCACCACAUAUGGUUCGGUUUUGAGCAGGAAUAUACACUCUUUGGUACCAAUGGUCAUCCAUUUGGAUGGCCUCAAAAUGGAUUCCCUGCACCCCAAGGUCCCUACUACUGUGGAGUGGGCGCCGACAGAGCUUUUGGACGGGAUAUUGCAGAGUGUCACUACAAGGCAUGUCUCUAUGCAGGGAUCAAGAUCUUUGGAACAACUGCUGAGGGUUUGGCAUCUCAGUGGGAGUUCCAGAUAGGCCCCUGCGAAGGUAUUGAGUUGAGCGAUCAACUGUGGGUUGCACGUUUCUUGUUGCACCGUGUAUGUGAAGAUUUUGGGGUUGUUGCAACACUGGACCCCAAACCAGUAAAGGGAAACUGGAAUGGCUCUGGUGGCCAUACUAAUGUCAGCACCAAGAAGAUGAGGGAAGAAGGAGGAUUGCAAUACAUUGAGCAGGCCAUUGAGAGGCUGCGCAAAAGACACAUGGAGCAUAUUAAAGUGUACGACCCACGCGGUGGCCAGGACAACAUGAGACGUCUCAUAGGAACUCAUCAAACCGCCAGCAUGAAUGAAUUCUCUGCUGGAAUUGAAAACAAAAGUGCCAGCAUCCGCAUUCCUCGUCAGGUAGGUCAAGAGAAGAAAGGCUACUUUGAGGACCGCCGCCCUGCAGCCAACUGUGACCCGUACCUUGUGACCAAGGCCAUCGCAAGCACUUGCCUGCUUGACGAUGAUGAUGAUGUGAAGGACACUUAAAUAAGCCUACAAGAUUGAGUUUAUUGGGUCGGCUUGUAGCAUUGUUAAAAAUAUGCUAGUGUUUGAGCAUACCUGAAGAAAUAUACUGAUUAUGUAUUGUUACUUUAUGUAAGAAUCAUCAUUUAGUCUUUAAAUCUGGCAUUAACACUUUCACACCUCUCCAAUAACUUGAAUGCAAAUUAAAGCGUGUGGGGCCAGGUAGAAUGGACAAAACUGACAAUGUACUCUUUUCUCCCUUUGUUCAUCUGGAUUAACUUUAUAUCACUUUAUUGGCACCCCCCGCUGGCUUCACGGCCUUGCUAGACAAUUGGAAACUACUGAAGUCUAACAACAUAGAUGUUGCUACUCUAAAUAAAUUAUAUAUCGAAUAACUAUAACAAGUUUAUCGAACCAUCAGUGUCAUUCCAAAUCAUUAAGUCUCCUGACUCCGGAAGUCACUGAAUGGAACUCA